AUGGAGAGCUGGCAAUGGCAGGUGCCUGUUUGUGCGCUCAUAUUCAUCCUCCCCACGGCUAUCGCAAUCCGCCUCCUUCUGAAGAGGACCGGCGGCGGCGGCGGUAGGGCCACGAUGGAGCCAUCCGAUCUAUGGGCCACAUGCUGGAGGAGCCUUCAUCCCCGGUGGUUGCUGUUGUACCGUGCUUUUCCACUCAAAUCACCAACUUCCACCAGAUUUAUGGUCCCCAUAAAUCCAUAUAUGAACCACAUCAAACAAAGACUUGGAUCCGGAUCGGGCAUGGAGUUGCUGCUCCCGCAAGGCGAUCUUCUCAGGCUGGUGAAGGCUGACGAGGAAGGCGGUGAGAUGUGA